GCCACAGGACGACGCUCUCCGCGUUGAACACGUACCCCGACUAGACCCGAAUGAGAGGAGCUGUCUUAGACCCGGACAUUUAAACCGAAGAUGAAUGACCACUGGAGGCUUUCCCUGCGGUGAUUCGCCGAGGUUAAGUAGCUCAAGACAUACCGGAUACGACAGCCGUUACCACAAGAGGACUUCCGUUUAGAACCCUGGCGGAGGGAGACCGUCGCUGUCAAUAUUCACUCGAAAGCAUCGGCAUGUAGGCACUCACUUUUCAGAUAGGCUGCCUGCCAUGAAGAAGCGAGCCAAAAAAGUGCUGGAGGAGGAGGAGACACUGUGCUGCUGUGAGUAUGUGAACAGGCAUGGAGAACGCAGCCAUGUAGCCGCCUGCUGCUGUGACUGCGAGGACCUGGAUGAUGCCUGCGACAGGUUUCUGAAGAGGGAGCCUCAGAAACCUGACUCCAUGUCAAGCGUGGCGGAAGUCUUCACAGACCGUAUCCGUGUUCCUUGGCUGUGGGGUGGAGCCAGAAGAGUGGACUUGUCCCUCAUCCCUCCUCUUAUCCUCCUUCCUGUCCUGCUACGCCUUGCUGCUCUCCACUUCCUGCUCGGCCUGGUGGUCCUGACAGCUCUGCCCGGCCUGGUGCUGUGGUACUACUACUUCACCCAUCGCAAAAAGGGACGGACGCUCUUUUUCCUCAGCCUGGCCCUCUUCUCCCUGGCGUACAUGUACUACCUUUUUAUCACAGAGGUGUUCCCCAGUGGAGAUGUCAGCCAUGUGCAGCUAACAGUGGUAACCACAGGGGUCAUACUCACCCUGGCAGCCCUUAUCCACACCAAGAGAGAACCUGGCAUCGUGCAUCCAAACCAAGAAGCUGUUCACAGCACAGUGACCUAUUACAGCCCUCUGGCAGACAGAGACCCUGCCGUUAACGGAGGGAGGAAUGAUGUGAUGAUGACAGUGUCCAACCGUGCAGGAUUGUCAGAGCAAACGGAGGAGGAAGUGAAGGAAAGUAACAGAAAGAACUGGUGUCCGGUGUGCAGGGUGGUGAGGCCCCCGAGGGCGGGGCACUGUCGGAUCUGUGGUAUCUGCGUGCUGCGUCUUGACCACCACUGUGUCUGGAUUAACAGCUGUGUGGGGCAGGCCAAUCACCGAAGCUUCCUGCUCACGCUUGUCCUCUUCCUGUUGACGUCCCUGUACGGCAUCAGCCUGGUGCUGCGGAGCGUAUGUCCCAAACAACACCUCUUCACCGCCCUGCUCUACUGCCCUGGAGUCUACAACCAGUACAGCUCUGCACUUUGCUUCACCUGUGCCUGGUACAGCAGUAUUGUGACCGGCGGGCUCCUUCACCUGCUGGUUGUGCAGCUCAUAAACGUCAGCUACAAUGUGACUGAGCGUGAGGCUCGAGUCGCCCUGCGGGACAAAACCGCUCGUAGUGCCUACUGGGGACUCAUUGUGGACACGGGCAUCUACUCUCGAGGGUUCCGUGAAAACUGGGCAGAGUUUAUGACCAUGGGGGAGAAAGUGAGGGCUCCGGCUCCUGCCCCAGCAGACCUGGUUUAAGAGGCUGAGUUUAAAUUAAUAUUUGGACGUUAUGACUGCUGUUCAGCCUUUAUCCACUUGAUGGCAGCAUGGCUCCUUUCCUGGGACAGACUCAGCAGAUUACUACAGCCCUGACUUUGACACACAGCAAUAACUUUAAACCUCAAUAAGAAACAUUCACUGCCAUUAAUGUCACUGUAACUUGCAUCUCCUCUAUGCAGCUGUUACUGCUCACACUGACCUUUAAUCACCUUCUGCUGCCUCAUUUCACUUCUCACUGUUUCCAUCACACUGACAGUCUUCCCUUGACUCGGACAUUGUCUUUGUGUCUCCUCUAUUUUCGAGUGCCUUGCUAGGAGACAGUAUACAAUAAAAAGGAGAGUAAACUGAUGCAAACGGACAGUUUUGUCUGAGCACAUCGUUGACUAGACAGAUCUUCAGGGGUUGGACAAUCCUGCACAAAGCAUGUACUGAGCAUUUCAAAGAUGCUCUUUUGUCUGCACAUUCUAUUUGCCAUCCUCCAUGAACCUGUAACUGCACUCCUCACUAAGCAGGGUACAUGAUUUGUAAGU